AUGUCGAAACGAACCAGCGCCGGCACGCUCAAUGGCAUGCCCAAUGGCGUGCAGGAGCCUGUGAAGGGCGUCGUAGAAGAGCCACACCAGGACAAGCAAUCGCGACUCCUCAACGACCCCAACCCAGGCCACUUCAGCCUGGUACGAGCCUACCACCUUGCCGACCUGAUCACCCUCAUGAACGGCUUCUGUGGCGUCAUGUCUGUACUCUCCUCACUACGCUAUAUCGCUGGCGAAGGCAAGGGUAACCUCUGGGCCGCGCUAUCACUGCCAUACCUGGGCAUGUUUUUCGACUUCUUCGACGGUGCAGUAGCGAGAUGGAGGAAGAAGAGCAGUCUGAUGGGAGCUGAGCUGGACUCAUUGGCGGACUUGAUCUCGUUCGGCGUGGCACCUGCUGCAUGCGCUUUCUCCCUGGGCAUGCGCACUGCACUGGAUCAGCUUCUCCUGACCUGCUUCGUCCUCGCCGGCCUUGCAAGAUUAGCACGAUUCAACGUCACGACCGGCAACGUACCGAAGGACAAGAAUGGCAAGGCCAAGUACUUCGAAGGUCUACCCAUUCCAACCAGUCUCAGCAUUGCCGCACUGAUGGCUUUCUGGGCUUCGCGAGGUUGGAUCAACCAGGACAUUCCAUACGGCACGAUCGGUAGCGGCAUCUUUGAGCUUCACCCAGUGAUCGGACUCUUCUUGGCUCAUGGAUGCUGCAUGCUGUCCAAGACACUGCACAUUCCUAAGCUUUGA